CAUCAAGCCCAAAUCGCACACACAAAUUCACUAUGCCCAAAUCACAAGCACCUUGGCUGCAUCUUCUUCUUCUUCUUCCCCGCUUCGCCGCCGCCACCAUUCAACUGGCUUUGCUUCGUUAUUACCAUUUCCGUGUUAGCUGUAAUGGCUACCAAGCUGAGCUUCACCCUCACAUCAUCUCGCCUGUUCACCGCCCCAUUUCGAAUGCCCUUUGUUUCUGUCUCUUCUUCGAUCCCAUCCCCAUUUUCUUCAAGGGUUCAAGUCGCGGGGCGCCAGUUGUCGCUUCCCCGCCCGCUGUUCUUACUUCCCCCUAAGGCCACCGCUGACAAGCAAGACCAGGCCCAAGAAGAUGAGGUUAUUGACGGUAAAAUCCUGCAAUACUGCAGUCUAGACAAGAAAGAGAAAAAGUCAGUGGGGGAGCUUGAGCAGGAAUUUCUUCAAGCAUUACAGGCAUUCUAUUAUGAGGGAAAGGCUAUUAUGUCGAAUGAGGAGUUUGAUAAUCUCAAAGAAGAACUUAUGUGGGAAGGAAGCAGUGUUGUUAUGCUGAGUUCUGACGAGCAGAAGUUUCUGGAGGCCUCAAUGGCUUAUGUUGCUGGGAAACCAAUACUAAAUGAUGAAGAGUUUGACCAAUUGAAGUUGAGACUAAAGGAAGAAGGAAGUGGAAUUGUAAUUGAGGGUCCAAGAUGUAGUCUUCGUAGCAAAAAGGUAUACAGCGAUCUGUCCGUUGACUAUUUCAAGAUGUUCCUCUUGAAUGUCCCAGCUGCUGUUGUUGCAGUUGCAUUGUUUUUCUUCCUGGAUGAUUUGACUGGAUUUGAAAUCACAUAUGCUCUGGAGCUUCCAGAGCCAUUCAGUUUUAUUUUCACAUGGUUUGCUGCUUUGCCACUCCUAGUUUGGCUGGCUCUAUCAAUCACGAAUGUUAUAUUGAAGGAUUUUAAGAUCUUGAAGGGCGCCUGUCCAAACUGUGGCACAGAGAAUGUUUCCUUUUUUGGGACUAUACUAUCAGUCUCCAGUGGCGGUUCCACUAACACAGUUAAAUGUUCAAAUUGUGGAACCGAAUUGGUGUAUGAUUCAAAGACCCGCUUGAUUACAUUGCCAGAAGGAAGCAAAGCUUGAACGGAGGUAUGCAGCUGUCAAAUCCAGAACUCUCCAAGCACUUGAAUGAGUUUUUAACUCCGGUUAAAGCAAUAGAAGUUUUCAUUUCUGUCUGCAUGUUGGACAUGGUUGGCGUUGCUUGCAGCUUGCCCAUGAUGGGCUAUCCCAAUAUCAGAAUCUAGUUAUUGUUGACCAGAUCAAGAUCCAUCCCGGCAUUGGAUUUAUAGAUUGUCCAUAGGCAUGUGUUCUAUAGUUAGCCAGGCUGGACUGCUGUGCUGAUGAUCCCUAGUGCAGUGUGAAUAAAAGAUCACAAGAUCUUCUAUUCAUGGAGAACCAUAUGUUUCUUGUUCAUUAUCUUUUUAGGCACAAAACUUUGCACACAUAAUUAUCUCAUUUUUUUUUUCUGUGUCAGUGAUUGUUUAAGUAGAAUUUGAAUAAGAGAAAAGAUCUACCAACUUAUUACACUGGUUUCUCAACAACAUGGAAAAGUUUUAUCUUGUUUUUGUCAAUUCUCUCUUUAAGUUCAAAUCUUUGGGGAGUCAUCAGCCAUUGUAUCCUUCUCGUUACCCUACUCUUGUCCUUUUAUCAUUCCACUUAGCCAUGCAUAUCUGGAAGGCAAUGUAAUGACCAAGCAAAGCCUAUUGAAGUCUAGGUCUGGUCCCAACCCAAAUCCCUGAAAAACAGGUCCAGUCUCCUCUCCACUGGGCUGGGACUGAGUAUCUUUUUCCCAUCCCCUGAGUCACUGCCCCAGCCAGUUGUUGCUUCAGAAAGUUCCUCAUGCAUCAAUAGUUGCUGGCAUUUAGCCAGUCACUUGUUUGGAUCAAUAACAAUACUGAGGUUUUCGAAUGCAGGAUUGAAUGCACGACUCUCACGACUUGUGCUAACUUAUGAAGUUGUAGGGAGGGGCAUCGCACACUGCAAAUCUGGGGUCAUAAAUAUGUCUGAUGGCAUAAGAUUUUUGGAAGUGGAUCGAAAGACGUUUUUUGAACCUGUACCUGAUUGUAAUUGCAUGUUAAUAUGUAGUUCUCUGUUAUGUUCAUAUGAUAACAUAUACAGGCUUGCCUUAGAUGUGAGAUGAGACAGCUAUACAGAGAGAGAGGGUGCUAUGUGCAGUUGUUAAGAAAGCAUCCUAGUUAAUAAAAUCAUGUUUAUUUAA